AUGAUUGACUCCAUCCCUGCUCAUGUCAAGCAGCUGGAUAGGCUCGUCCGUGUUUCUGAUCGUUCCUGUAUAGACAAUCUGCGGAUGGAUAGAAACACUUUCGGAAGAUUAUGUCGCAUUCUGCAUUGUCGGGCUGGAUUAGUAGACCAAAAAUUCGUCACUGUGGAGGAACAAGUUGCUAUGUUCUUGUCCAUUCUAGCACACCACAAAAAGACUCGGGUUGUUGGCCAUGAUUUCACGCGUUCUUCUGAAACAGUGUCUAAAUACACACAUUUGGUGCUCCGUGGGGUGCUCAAUUUGCAUGAGCUGUUAUUAGUGAAACCUGAACCGGUCGGUGAUGACUGCACGGACUCAAGUUGGAAGUGGUUUAAGGGUUGUCUAGGAGCGCUAGAUGGGACGUACAUACACGUACGAGUGCCCAUUUCUGACACACCACGUUAUCGUAAUAGAAAGGGGCAAGUAUCAACAAACACACUUGCCGUGUGUGAUCGACAGCUUCAGUUCGUUUACGUACUGCCAGGAUGGGAGGGUUCAGCAGGUGAUUCGAGGGUAUUACGCGAUGCAAUCAGUCGGCCUCUCGGGCUGAAAGUACCCAAAGAUUGCUAUUAUCUCUGCGACAAUGCGUAUGCCAACAGUGAGGGAUUCAUCACACCGUACAAAGGCCUUCGGUACCAUUUGAAGGAGUGGGGUCAUGGAACCCAAGCACAGCAAACAGCCGACGAAUUGUUCAACUUGAAGCACUCUAAAGCUCGGAACGUGAUUGAGCGUUCGUUUGCUGUGCUCAAGAUGUGUUGGGGGAUACUUCGCAGCCCAAGCUUCUAUCCUAUCGAGGUCCAAACGGGCUUGAUAAUUGCAUGUUUCUUGCUUCAUAAUUUUAUACGCACUCAUAUGGAAGUGGAUCCGUACGAGGAAUUGGUUCUCGGUCAACAUGAAGACGGUUAUGAGAGUGAUCUCGAUGACCCUUUGGUGCCCACUAUAUCUACCGUCGCGCCAAUACCAAUGUGGACGAAGAAGAGGGACGACCUUGCUGCUGCGAUGUGGGCUCAUAGGCCAAACGUUUGA